AUGGCUUAUAUCAGCCCAUACCCCUGCACAGACCUGAACCACCUGUUCCUAGCGCCAGGAGUGCUCACAGCUGGGGGCAGCAAUAGAGCCUGUGUAUCCAGGUUCGCCCCAGAUGGCCCUGCGAGGAUGGAGCUCACCUUGAUCUCUGGUGACGAGGCUGAAGCCAUGGCAUCGAGAGAACUUCCACCAGGUGAUGGUGGCUGCAUUGACAUCGCGGUUCCACAAAAACCAAAUACUAAAGCAAAGUUGGUGGUAAGCUUAUGGUACCCCGAAUCCAAAUGCUCAUGGCAGCGAGAGCUAGCAGUGACCAUUUCAAGCGGUCGGGUCGUAGUGGCGCACACAGAGCGCUCGCGCUACCGGCCAGGGGACACGCUGCGAGCACGUGUUAUAGUCCUGAAGCCAGACCUGACGCCAGCUCAUGGUGUGAUCGACGAAGUCUGGCUGGAAGGUCCUGCAGGUGCGUGGGAGGGUACAAGGGCUGCGCAAUGGUUCCGAGUGCGGACUCGCAUGGGCAUCGCUCAGUUACAACAUGAGCUGGUUGGAGCUCCUACUGGCAGAUGGACGCUACGGGUGAAGCUAGCGGAUGGUGCGCAGGGUGCAGCAGUGUUCUGGGUGGGCAACUACGAGCUACCGCCGUUCCAACUAAGCGUGCGCCAUGCACCUCGAGUUUUGAGGACCAGCGAGAGGCUGGUGUGGACUGUAUGCGUAAGAUACCCCUGGACCGAAGCGGUAGAAGGCAUGCUGGUCAUCCGGAUCCGAGGCGCAGGCGGCACCGUGGUCGCGCAAGAGGCAUCUAGUAGCAGCAUCAAGACCGUCGUCAGGAUAAAGGCACCUCGAGCUUGUCACAGACACGCGGCGGCUGCUAGAAGAGUUGGGCUGAACGGGACCAAUCCACCUGAUGUGGUGGUGGCUGACUUCUCUUUCCAAGAGGACGGUACCAGAAUAUGGCAGAACACCACAGUCGUGUCAGAAGUUGUGGACUCACCAAUCUCCCUGCAGUUCUUGACAAAACACCGGCCAGUAAUUUCCCCAGGAUUGCCUUAUAAAUUGAAGGUGAAAGCAACCCGCUGGGACGACAAGCCAGCGUCAAACGAACGGAUUAAAGUGUGCCGAGUGCCCGGUUUCCUCGCCGACUACAAGCCUUCUGCGCUGAACGAUUCCUGCCACGAAGCGCUGACCGAUGACAAAGGGGUAGCCAAAGUCAUGUUCACAGCUAAUGAAGACGGCGGCAGCUAUUACAAUUUUCAGGCGUCUCUCCAUAACGACAGCAGCGUAUCAACCUCGCUGUACGUGGCCACACGGCGUGAUGACGUCACCGCCGCACUGGGGCCUCUCAGGCCCGAAGCAGGCUCCGGAAGAACAUUUGUGCCACUAUACAUCAACCUGAGAAACGUGUCCAAGCCACUGACAGUCCACUUUGUGGUAAUCACUCGUGGAGGAACCAUUUACCGUUGGGGAGCGACCACACAAUGUCCUCAGACCAGUUCUUCAGACUACAUACCCACCACCUCUAGAAACGCUCAAUGUUACAAUGCAGACUUUACAGUCACUAAUUCUCAAACAAAUACGGUCAGAAUCCUAUCAAAUGAUACCAUCUUCGACGGGAAUGACCCAGACACCUUACUAGACAGGCAUAUGCUGAGGGUCAUGCUGCCGAUCAAAGUGACGCACCAAAUGUGCCCCGAUAGCCAUUUGAUCGCGUACUUCUACUAUAAUGGAGAACUCGUCAGUGCCAGCAAGCAGUUUGAGAUGGACGAGUGUUUCAGCAAUAAGGUGGAAGCCACCUGGUUAUCCCGGCAAGUGGCCCCUGGUGGAACAGCCAGUAUUCGCAUCACGACCCCUGGACCAGCGCUGUGUGCCCUCACAGUGGUGGACUCAGCAGCUAAGUGGAACCAACCAGCGCCUACCGUACGGGAACUGGUUAUGACGGGUCUGAGAAGACUGAUGGACAGUCACCGGAACCUGACCGAGUAUGAGGCAGCUGGGUCUUGCUUUUUAACAACAGACCUGCAGCAGUUCCCAUCGAGCAGCAUAGAGCUGACGGCCACGUGGUUAGCAGUAGCGGGGGUGCGGGUGGCGGGCGGAGGUAACCGCGCGGGCAUCGCCUGCCUGGCGCCACCUUCACCCAUGUUUGAGGACUCUACGGUGCCGAGGAGCGACUUCUCAGAGUCUCUAGGAUAUCCUUUCAUAGCAACAGACCUGCAGCAGUUCCCUUCGAGCAGCAUAGAGCUGACGGCUACGUGGUUAGCAGUAGCGGGGGUGCGGGUGGCGGGCGGAGGUAACCGAGCGGGCAUCGCCUGCCUGGCGCCACCUUCACCCAUGUUUGAGGACUCUACAGUGCCGAGGAGCGACUUCUCAGAGGCGUGGUUGUGGCGGCUAGUGGGCGUGGGAGGCAACGGGUCUGCAGUGGCAUCGGCAAAAGCACCUGACUCCAUCAGCAGGUUCGAGGCGUCAGCAGUCUGCCUAGCGCGGACUGGCAUCGCCAUAUCACAACCGGCUGUUCUACAGGUUUUCCGCGAAUUCUUCAUCCACGCUGACUGUCCGCGGCGAUUGAAGCGUGGAGAUGCCACCAUCGUCCGGUACCGCCUUUUCAACUACCUGUAUGAACCACUCAGCGUCCAAAUCCAGAUCUUAACAGACGCCCGGCUCGAAGGACCAACAGAGCACGUGGAAUGGGCGUGCGUACCCGCACGUGCCUCCGUCGCACGUCGCGCAGAAAUCAGAGCUAGACUUACUGGCAACGCGCGAUUGAGCGUACGAGCCAAGGCUGUACGCGACCGGAGUUGUGCCAAUGGCACUGCUGCCAGUUCACAGGCCAGCGACGAAGUUAUCAUCAAUAUCACAGUAGACCCAGAGGGAGUGCCGGUUCAAGAACACAAAUCUAUAUUGCUUUGCGGCAAAGGCAGUAUAGAGUCUAGCCAGUCUGAAGUGUCUUGGACUUGGCCACCCAUCCAACCCGUACCUGGAACUGAGUCCCUCACUGUGUGGGCAAUCGGUGACGUCACAGGCCCUCUACUAGCUGACGCAGAUUCCCUAGUGACGCUUCCACGCGGUUGUGGCGAACAGAAUAUGGCGCGACUUGCCACCAACUUACUGGCGCUUUCGCAGCUCGACCCCGCCGGCGCGCCCGCCGCUACCGCCAAGCUACACGUGGCCAGAGGGUUCACGCGGCAGCUGCAGUAUGCGCACGCUCGCGGCGGGUUCAGCGCCUUCGGGCCGGCCGACGCAACGCCUUCCACCUGGCUUACGGCUUUCGCACUGCGCUACCUGAGGAGAGCCCACCAGAUCUUAACGCCUGGACUACCAGUGCCUCCAGCUAUAGAGCGAGCUGAGCGCUGGCUCCUGGACCAGCAAAUGGAAAAUGGAUGCUUUAGAAAUGAAGGACAGGUGUUCCACAAAGAAUUGAGGGGAGGCCUCAACGAAGAAGGCGAGAUCGCCAGCGUGGCUUUAACCGCCUACGUCAUCGCCUCAUUAGUCGAGAGUACCGCUCCCCUCCCAGCCAGAGUGCUACGAAACACUCUGUCAUGCCUGCGAGCCCUUCCUCCGAUGAAGGCUCGCACUCCUACCAGAGUGUAUGCCCAUGCUCUGUUAGGAUAUACGUUUAUGAGGCUGAGGAGCUACGAAGAUGAGCUGAGAAAGAGCAAUGAAGCGAGUCUUGUAUGGGACAGCAAGGAAGCGGUCGGCGCGGGACUGAAAGAAGAGGAAGAGUUGGGCGAGCUGAUGGAACUGCUCAAGAUCGCUCGUAGGAACGGUGACUACGUGUGGUGGGAAACCAGUAGCCUCUCCACAUCAAUAGAAGCCACAGGCUACGCUCUCCUAGCUCUAUCGUACUGCCCAUCAUCACUACGCGCCACCAGCUGUGCAGUAGACGCUCGCGCCGCUACGCGCUGGCUGUCUUCGCAUAGAAGCUUCGCCGGGGGCUUUCUGUCCACUCAGGACACUCUAGUAGCCUUAGAAGCUCUAACAGCAUGGUCGUCAGUGCAGCCACCACCAGCAGCCAACCUGACCGUGAGAGUGCGUUCUGGCGAUGCCAAGCCAACUCUCCUGCACCCGGGGGGCAAAGUGCCGGAUAUGGUCAAGAUGACCGCCAGUGGUCAGCUAGACGUAGCGGUUGAAGUGCAGCCACCAUUAUCUGUCAAACUGACCGUGAGAGUGCGCUCUGGUGACGCCAAGCCAAGUCUCCUGCACCCGGGGGGCAAAGUGCCGGAUAUGGUCAAGAUGACUGCCAGUGGUCAACUAGAUGUGGCGGUUGAAGAUGCCAAGCCAAGUCUCCUGCACCCGGGAGGAAAAGUGCCGGAUAUGGUCAAGAUGACCGCCAGUGGUCAACUAGACGUGGCGGUUGAAGGUCAGUGCACUUAG